AUGCACAGCAGCGCGUAUCGCCUGGGGAGGGCCGCGUGCCAUGCUGCCGCUAAGCCGAAUAGUGCUGCUCUGGUGACUGCUGCGAGCUCGGCAGCUGGCAAGCAGGCCAUGGAGGAGCUAGGGGUCUACCUGCGUGCCAUGAAGACGGCGCAGCGGCGGUGGGCGCGCGAGAUCGUUACCCAUGAGACAAACGUGCGGCGCUUGAUGAUGGUGGAGGAGCAGUGUCGGGAGCGGCUGAAGCAGCAAGUGCUCAAGGGCACUCGCGAGCACCUCAAGUACCUCACCAACACGGACCUGAUGGCGGCCGCCCAACUCGUCUCGCCUCCGUCGGUGGACGUCUUCCUUGCUUACGGCAUCCUGCCAGAGCAGGUGAGCGGGUUCACGGUAUACGUCAUGGGUUGUCUCGCGGCGGACCCGAACCGACUCAAUGUGCCCCUCCCCAUCCUCAUCGCGGACCUCUCCAGCACGUGGGCCAUCGUGCCACCACGCAAGAAGGAGGCAUACAGCGAACUCGCCAACAUUUUCCGACCUCACCUACCACCUCGUGCCGCAGACAUAGAAGACAAAGCUGCUAGAGCUGCUGAAGUGUCAACCGCGGUAGCCACCCGCAAGCUUGGCCCGAAACUGAAAGCAACUCGAAAGAACGCAGCCUCGGUGGAUGCUGAUGUACGAGUGCGCACCCCUGUACCGCCGCUUCGGCAUGGGCGUGGAUUUCUGGCCAAGUCUUCAGCGGCGGCGACAGACAAAGCUCUGGUGCCACGGGUGGUUUGCUCUUCCAGCAAGCGACUCCAAGCGCAACGUAGAAUGACGACGACAUCAGCGAGUGCACCAGCGUCCUCAUCGCCGUCGUUGUCAUCGCCAGCGGCUGCAGCCACACAGCUCUCCACUCUGCCGCGAGGCGCGAAGCGUGAAGAGAGCGCGUCCAAGACCGCUGCGUGCAGAAACAACCGCUCUGGCAGUAGCGCCAUCUCCUCCUCUCAAUUCCAGCCCAUGGCGUCGCUACCCCAACUGCGGCGUCAGCCCGCUCUUCGUCCCGUUGACAAGGCUGCCACAGCUGCACUGGCGGAGGAGCUCCAGCUGCCUGACACCGAACGGGCCGCCUUCUGUAGGUUUGCAGAGACCAGCCUGCACGAGAUGGUGCUGGCCUUAAGCGCGCUACCUGUGCCACACAAGAGAAACCACAGAAGCGGCAGUUCGAAGGCGAAGAGGUCGGCCAAGACGCAGCCCCGUGGUGUACAACUCCUCAUGAAGGAAUGGCUGCCCAUCGCAGCGGAAGAGUGGGCGCGCAAGACGCGGCGGCAGAAGAGUUUCUACAUGCGAGACUAG